CUAAAUGAGGAACUUGAAUUAAAAGUGAAACAAUGUAACGUUAGAGACACACGGGCCGGGGUGCAGUUCACGUACGUGCGUAUUAACAAAGAAAUGCCAGUAUCAAGCGAAGACCAUGUUUUAUUGUAGAUUUCUACUGCUUUAUUUUUAUCUGUUAUAUUUCUGCGCUGCAACGUCUCCCCCGAGAAAUGGGAAAUUUUCCGGUAACCUGAAGCAAGCAGACGAGAGCGGCACCAGAUCUAAAGGAAGGUCCACCGAAGGUCUGGAGGGCUUUGAACCCGGCGAUGCUGCUCCCGCUUUCCAGGUGCAGACUCUGGACGGAGUGUUUGUUUACAGUCCUCCUCAGAACUACUCGAGGAGCGCGCUCGUCGUGCACGCGUUCACCAACAAAUCCGCCUUUCUGGAGUGUCUGUGGACGUGGAGCGAGUCCCUGUCGGAUCUGCUGAGAUACCUGCCGUCCGACACCGAAGUCCUGCUGCUGUCCCUGGAUGACACUGCGCUGCAGGACGCGCUCUGGAUGAGAGAGCAGGUGUACAGAGCCGCGGCUCAUGGAGGAAAAGAGAUAAUGUCCAGACUGCAUUUCUCCCCUACGCCUGUGUUUGCGCUGGGUAACUGGUUACCCAGAGUCCUGUACUCAUGGGGAUGCGGUGGACACAACUGCGGCCUCGCUCAGGUGCUGUUCUCCUCUCCAGACUGGAAGACGCCGGUGAUCUCCAAGCGUCUCAACGCCCGAUACGACUGGCUGAACGGACGCUGGAGUGCAGAUCCUUACAGACUGCUGGAUGCAGGUGACGGCUGUGAAGCCGCGGCGUCUGUUAAAGGCGCGGUGGCGUGGGUGUCCGAGGGUGGCUGCUCUUUCUUCACGAAGAUAAGAAACAUGGCUGAUUCUAAUGCUACCGGGGUGCUGGUGUAUGCGUUGCCUGGGAAUCCCAUCCAGGACAUGAACUGCUUAGGAGAUGAUUGUUCCACCUCCAUCAACAUACCUGCGUCUAUGGUCCACAUCGAACCAUCCGUAAUCCAAGCCCUUCGAAAGGGUCGCUCUGUGAAUGUGACGUUCCAGGUCACACCUUCUCCAAACUUCUUCUUUGCCAUCAACCAGAGGGGGGCGCUGUCUGAGAUGGGCUGGUCUCUCUACCCCACCUUUAGAUUCAUGGCCUGGCAAGCUCAGUGGUUCACAUUCAACGAGGCUCUGCAGGAGCAGCUGAGUCAGCCUGCCGUUACAGUGCCCGUGUUUGAUCGGCAUCUGAUGCACGGAGAGACGGGAGCUCAAGCGGUGGUGGAUCUGCCCGGAGAUUUCAUGGAUUAUGAUCUUCUUGAAUUGGACGCCUCUCUGUCCUGUCCGGGCCGCAGGGACGAGACGUGUCCUUACUGGGAUCACACCGUGCAGCUGUACGUAUGCUGCGAUCGCACCAGCCCGUACUGUAACCUGGAGAUUGGGCGCUGGAUAACGGCCUUCCGCAGAGGCACAGGUCACUGGCUGACAGAUGUGUCUCCUUUGAUUCCUCUGCUAAAUGACAAGAAAUGCGUCUUUACCAUGAAGACUGUGCCGUGGGCCAUGCCGUGGAUGACUUCUCUCAAUCUACGCUUUAGUCACAGCAACCAGACAGGUAAUUAUUCAGACAGACUGUACCCUUUCGAGGUAAUGUCACUCUUCCCCGGGGGCACGUUUGACAAGGACUACAACAGCAGAUACCAAGAGAUCAAGUUCAGUCUUCCAGCUUCAACCAAGAAGGUGGAGUUAUAUGCCGUUAUCACGGCUCACGGGUCGGACGAGAACUUCUGCGGUGAAUUUUGUGUGACUUCACAUCACUUCCUGAUCAACAGAUCUUUCAAUAACUCCCUCGUGUUUGAGUCUGCUGGAUCUCCUCUGGGCUGUGCCCUGCGGGUGCCUGAAGGAGCGGUGCCCAACGAACACGGGACCUGGUUGUACGGCCGAGGAGGCUGGUGUGACGGGCUCCAGGUGGAUCCGUGGAGGACCGACAUCACUUCCCAGCUGGACACGAGAGGAACCAAUUCCGUCCUCUACUAUGGACUCUUUGAAGGACGCAACCCAGAUCCAAAGACUAAUCCAGGGUACAUUAUUAUGUACUCCUUCCUAGUGUUUUAUAAAUGAUUUCACAGACAGAAAAUUCAGCUGAUUGUUUUUUUUUUUCUCAAUUUUUUGUGGCAGUACUCAUCAUCUCUCUGUUUUUAUAUUGAUGAUUUUAUUCAUCAAUGCUGCUUAAGGUAUUUUCGAAAGGUAUUUUUGUUUCUAAAUGCUUCCUUGCAUUAUAAAAUCAUCAUUUUUAAAGCAGUCGACACCCGAGAUUUAGACAUUCACGUAGUCACACAUGCGCUAAAUCCUUUUUCAAAUAAAUUGUGUCUUGAGAGAUCA